UUCUUUCCCCUAUACUAACUUUAACAACUAUCUCAUUGUCAUUUUGUCAAACCUCGCUUGAUUCUAAUCUAUGUUGCUAUCAUCAGGAAUCAAUUAGAAGGACCCAAAUACUAAAAAAAUAAUGCUCAAUAUCAAAAUAUGAUGAUCUUCAAAUAUACUCACUUUCUUGUAUUAUAUAUCACUUCCAAAACACAACAUGCCAAACCCACCAAAAUAUAGUUCCCUUCUUUUUCCACUCCACUGCCUCAAAUUUCCCAAAGAUUGAAACUUUACUCACUACUUCUAAAUGGGUAGGCAAGAUAAUGAUCCAACCAUGGUGAACUCUUCCAUAGCUCUUCUUCAAGAAAGGUUUAGACAAUUAGAGAAAGUAAAAGAAAGGAGAGAAGGUAAACAACUUCUUAGAUUGUUGUCAACAGAGAACAAUACCUCAGCAUCAACACAAAGGUUGGUAGUUCCAAAUAAUAGGCAAACUCAUCAUGAUUCUCUUUCUCUUGGACUCAACUUGACAAGCAAGCAAGGUGAUAAAAGCACCAUGAAAUCAAACACAUCUUUGAGUCCAUGGUCACAAGGUGCAUCAUCAACAUCAAGAAAUUUUGAUACCUCAGAUGUUGAUACUUCACUUCAUCUGUAAAUUAAUUAGUGUAUAUAUUUAUUUACUUAUGUUUGUAUUUUGAUUAUUCCAUUAUCUUUACUCCUUAUAUAUGUGUUUGUGUAUAUGUGCAUAUACCAGUUUCCUAUGUUUCCAAUCAUUUUGUAGCAUUAAUCAAGGAAGAUUUGCAUGA